GGUAGCUAAUAAGCCUGCCACAAAACUUCCAAUUAGCAGGUACGGACUCAAGGACGGACACGUUGAACGCAGCGUUCUAUCGUGGCACACCGUCAGCAGUCUGCAGUGACUUUGACAAUGGGCAUUCGACGUCUCUUGCUAUAUAUUUUCAAUACAAACCAGAUUCGAAAAGUGAUUUAGUCUAAAGAUUUAUAAUAAUACUGUGUAAAAAUGGCUAGUAUUGAGGAUUUACAGCGAAAAGUAAGUGAAUUGGAAGCUAAAUUAGCAGCUGCCCAGGGAAACGCAGGACCUGUGCGUCAGAAAAUUGAUAUAAUGUCUUCGGAAGUAGUGGAUUCAAAUCCUUACAGUCGUCUCAUGGCACUCAAACGAAUGGGCAUAGUGGACAACUAUGAGAAAAUUCGAGAGCUCUCUGUUGCUGUUGUUGGUGUUGGUGGAGUUGGUAGUGUUACAGCAGAAAUGCUUACAAGAUGUGGCAUUGGAAAGUUGAUACUCUAUGACUAUGACAAAGUGGAGCUGGCAAACAUGAAUAGGCUAUUCUUCCAACCCCACCAAGCAGGGCUUAGUAAGGUCAAUGCGGCUGCGGCAACACUGCAAUCUAUUAACCCAGAUGUCACCAUAGAAGCACAUAACUAUAAUAUUACUACAAUGGAUAAUUUCCAGAAGUUCUGUGACUCAAUCAGCAAAGGCAGUUUAUCAGGAGGACCCGUAGAUCUAGUUUUAAGUUGUGUGGAUAAUUUUGAGGCUCGUAUGGCCAUCAAUACAGCCUGCAAUGAACUUAACCAACGCUGGUUUGAAUCUGGAGUCAGUGAAAAUGCUGUGUCAGGACAUAUUCAGUUUAUUGUUCCAGGCGAGACAGCUUGUUUUGCAUGCGCGCCUCCUUUAGUUGUUGCUUCCAAGAUCGACGAGAAAACCUUGAAACGGGAAGGAGUGUGUGCAGCAAGUCUUCCCACUACUAUGGGCAUUGUUUCUGGGUUUUUAGUACAAAAUACAUUAAAAUUCUUGCUCGGAUUUGGUAAUGUCAGCCAUUACUUGGGUUACAGCGCUUUGACAGACUUCUUUCCCACAAUGGCUCUCAAGCCUAACCCUCAAUGCGAAGACUCCUAUUGUAGAUUGCGUCAAACAGAGGUGAACGCACGACCGGCCGCCGUGGAGGUCGCGACUGAAGUGACGGAAGACGACAAACCUAUACAUGUAGAUAAUCAGUGGGGUAUCAGCUUGGUCGAUGAAAAUUCACCGGAAGAGGAGACACCCAACUUGAAUCUGGUUGAUGGAGUACAGGUCGCGUACAGUAUCCCAGUAGAUAAUAGCACGCCCGAGUCCAGUACAGGUGGCGCAGUGGCGGCUUCUGAACUGUCCCUUGAGGAACUUAUGCAGCAAAUGAAGUCUAUGUAGUUAAAUAAAUUAACUGGAUACUAUUUAUCUAAGAAAAUGUGUUUUGAAUUGUAAUUUUAUUGCUUUGUAACAUGCAUUUUUGAGCAACAUUGAGGUCACAAAUAUCUUAUGAAUAAAAGGAAGUUCUCAAUAUUUUUUGUUAAUUUUUUUUAAAGAUUAUAUAGAGACACAUUUAUAUGAUCUGUUAUAUGUUUAAUUGAUAUUUUCUUUAGUAGGCGAUCUGUUUUGUGCGUACAAGGGACAGUGUUCACCGAACGUAUUGUCUCGCAAUGGUGAAAUAAAAAAUAACAAAAGUAUUAAAAUUAUUUAUUAAGAAUAUUAUAAAACAUUCCGUUAUCAUUGGUAUAUUUUGAAAUUUUAUAUAAUGUUGCUAAUCGAAAUGUUUAAAGCGAUUUUUUAAUAAAUGUCUUCUAGAAUGA